ACAAAAACUGUCAAACCGAAUUUGAAACUUAACGUACUACAACGGUCAGUUGGCUUUUAAAUUUAUUAUAAACACGACGUUUAUUGCAAGCAGAAUUGAUUGAUAUUCUUAAAGGUGUUUUAACGAUUUGAAAUAGCUAUAUUAAAUCCAUUGAUUUUGUGUAAUUAUGUUUGACUAAUGUGUGUCUCACGCUAAAAAUGUUUUCACAGUUUGUAUCGUCGGCAAAGGUUUCCAAGCAGAGUCCAAACCAACUUUCAAUAGAUAACAUGGAAGAAGAAAAGUACAUUUUAUCCUUAGCUCCUUUUACACCGUUACCAAAGAUUACUUUUGAAAAUGUUCUUUUGGGAAGUACUGCUACAAAAACCUUAAUUGUUCGAAAUCCUGGUUGCCAUCAGAUCGAGAUAUGUAUUACAAGAGUGCCAACUGAUCAAAGAAUAGAGCUCACUUGGUAUCAGGAAGUUAUCGGACCUCAGGAGGAUGUUUUAUUAGAGAUAAGAUGGUAUCCAGAAAAUGAAGGCAGUUCGAGAAAUACCAUAACCUUUACUGAUGGUGGUCGUCUAAAAAAAGAUGUUCCAGUAAUUUUUAAUUGCAUCAUUGCUAAAAAGAAACUAAAGAAGAUUGUUAAAGUAAAAGUUAAACCAAAACCGGCGGUUAUUUCAACAAAAAUAAGAUCCCCAUUACGCAGACAUUUUUCUCCUACAAAAAAAUCACCAACAAAAAAGUUUUUAUCCCCCACAAUACUUCGAAAACCACUACCAGAUAUAACUAAUCAACUCUAUGCAACAUCUCCAUUCUUCGAUGUAACUCCAGCAACAAGUUCGCAAGGUUCCUCAACAAACCGUACAUACACAGCAAGAGAAAACAAAGAAAACGUUUUUGAAUCGGCUCCUUCAACUAUAACAUCAUCGUCUAACAAAAGCUGUAUGAAGAAUCCAAAUAUUACUUUUGGUUUGUCCGACUCUCAAUUGAAAUCACCUUUGAAGAACGUAAGACAGGAAUUUAAUGAUAGUUUAGAAAAUGUGUUAAAUGUUUCUGAAACUAUCGAAGAAAAAUUAAACAGAAUGGCAAUGACGCCAAAUUUUAAAAUUCCACAAAUUAUUGUUCCACAAUAUAAUUUAGAAAAUAGUGUUAAUUGCAACACAAAAUUUAACAUUAGUUCUAGUACCCAAAUUAAAGAUGCAACCAUUGAUAUUUCACCCAAAAAUUCGAUGACAAACUGUACUAUAUCUCCAAUCAAAAUGUUUGAAAAUCAUAGCGAAACAUUCGAAAUUAGUUAUUCUAAUAAACAUAAACCUGGUUUAGGAUUAAUUGUUGAAGAAACUUCGAAAGAAUGUUAUUCCGCAAAAACUUUUACAAGCAAUACAACUUCGAAAGCAAUCAACAAAAAUAACGAAACAAAACCUGUUGAAUUAAAAUCAAAAUUUACCAAAACGACCUCUUUGAAUUUAAAAUCAUUUUUCGAAAAAACCAACGUUCAACUUGAAACUUCAACAUUCAAAGUCCCUAAAGAUGAAGUAACCGGUAAAAUAUAUAAUUCUUCGAAAUUAUUUCGCGUAGACAAUCCUUUACUAUUAACAGCAACGAAAGACAUUGACCCAUUUAUGUCAAGUUCGCUUUAUUUUGAUACUAAAUGGGUGGAUGAACAAGAAAAAGGAUUCAAAAAAUGGUUAAACGCCCUUGUGACUCCUCCAAGUGAAUUAAAUUCAGAUGUUAAUAUUAAAAUUGAUGUUUCAAAACUUUGGAAAGAUUGUGCUAAGCGUGAAGUAAAUAAAGCUCCAACCAAAGAAGUUGUUUCAAAUAAAUAUCAUGUGAAUAGUCGAUUAGAAUCUUUAAGAAGAUCUGCUGGAAAUUUAUUUACAUCACCAGAUAUCAAUGAAGUUUUAUGUAACGUUUAUGCAAAAAUCGAAACUGAACGGUUACAAAUAAGAACUGACAGAGAUAUUCAUUUGGAUAUAAGUCUACAAGCCGAAAUAAUGAUUUUAUUUGUCAGUUAUAACCCGUUAUGGUUAAGAAUUGGAUUAGAAACAAUUUAUAACGUAAGAAUUCCGUUACAUUCGAAUUCUGAUAUUAUGGGAUUAUCCGUUUUUAUUUCACAACAUUAUUUUAAAGAUUCUUAUUUAUUAAAAAAAUAUAAAACUCCUCAUUCUCCAAAAUAUAGUAUCGAAUUAAAAAAACUAGUGCUCAAAAAAUUUUUAUCUUUGGUUUAUUUUCUGGAUCAAGCAAAACAAAAACAAUUAAUUCCACAUGAUCCUUGUUUAUUUUCAAAAAAUGCGCCGUUCAAAGAAAGUCGUGAGAUCGUUUUAAAAUUUUCGAGAGAUCUUGUAUCUGGCAUUGGGGAUAUCACAAAAUAUUUAAAACAAUUUGGUUAUGUCUUGAAUCAUAAACAAACUUACAUUCACGAAUUUGACUAUGCCGUUACGGAUUUAGGCGUUGAUUUAAGAGAUGGCGUACGAUUAACUAAAGUUAUGGAAAUUAUUUUGUUAAGGGAUAAUUUGUUGGAAAAUAUGAGGGUUCCCGCGAUUUCUCGAUUACAAAAGAUUCAUAAUGUUAAAAUUGCUUUUGAAGCGCUAACCGAAGCAAAUUUUAUAAUUUUGCACGAUAUUCAACCCAAAGAUAUCGUGGAUGGUCAUAAAGAAAAAACUUUAUCGUUUUUAUGGCAAAUUAUUUAUAAAUUUGAAGCCCCCAGGCUUAAAAAGGCCGCUUUAACAAUACAAAGAUGGUGGAAAAGCUUAUUUAUAACUAUUAAGAGGAGAUAUUUAGUAAGGUUGAGACAAAAAAGGAUUGAAGCAGCUAUUAAAAUACAAAUUUGGUUUAGAAGGAUUCGUUUAGCUAAAAUUUAUGAGAAUUUAAUUCCAAUUGUUAAAGAAAUAAUGGUUCAACGUCGAAUAAAAAUUGCAGCAAACAAAAUUAAAUCUUUCUUUCAAAUGGUUAUAACUCGAAAAAGAUAUUUGUGUUUAAAAUCAAAAAUUAUUGCAAUCCAAGCUUAUUCGAGGCGAUUUUUAAUAUUAAGAGAUCUUGAAAGAAAACGAAAAGCAAUUAUAAAGAUUCAAUCAUUUUGUAAAAUGUAUAUACAACGAAAAGAGUUUAAAGCAUUGAAAUCGACGGUUUUAAAAAUAGAAAAUAUUUAUGUCGCAAAGAAAUUAAUGAGAGAUGAAAGAAGAAAAUAUUUAGAAUUAAAAUUAACUGUUGUUGCGAUUGAAGAAAAAUAUAUCGCAAAUAAAGCUAUGCGAGCUCAAAGAGAAUAUUAUUUAAACUUGAUACAUUCAAUAUUGUUGGUUCAACAAAGAUUUCGCGCCAAUAAGCUAAUGUUGGAGAAUCGUAAUCGGUUUUUAACGCUUAAAAAAGCUGCAAUUACGAUUCAAAGUUAUUAUAGGGCGAAUAAAUUGAUGAAAUUGACACGAAACGAAUAUUUGGAGAGAUUGGGUGUAGUGAAAAAAUCUGUGAAAUGUAUCGAAGAAAAAUAUUUAGCGAAAAAAUUAAUGAUUCAAACUAGAUAUCAGUACAAAAUAUUAAAAAAUGCCACCAUUUUGAUACAAAGAAAGUUCCGUGCAAAUCAAUUAAUGAAAAAACAUCAAACCGAAUACAACGACUUUAAAAAUAAAGUGAUUAAGAUUCAACGUUGGUUUAAAAAUCAAAUUUUAUUAAAAAUCAAAAGAGAUAAUUAUAAAAAAUUAAUUAAUGCCGCAAUUGUAAUUCAAACUAAAUACAGAGCGAAAUUAGCGAUGAGAAAUGAAGUUGAAACGUUUAAUCGGUUAAAAACAGCUACAAUUUUCAUUCAAAAUCGAUUUAGAGGGAAACAAGAACGGAAGAAGUUUAAAAAAAUUAAAGGAAGUGCCAUAAAAAUACAACUUUGGUUUAGAUCUUUAAAGAAAAUGUGGGAAGAAAGGAAUUACUAUCGCAAAUUAAUUAUUUGUAGUAAUAUGAUACAAAGAAAAUAUAAAGCCAAAUUAGCUAUGAAACAACAACUUGAAGCUUAUAAUAGAUUAAAAACAGCAACAAUUUUGAUUCAAAGCCGAUUUAGAGGGAAUCAAGAACGAAAAAAGAUUAAAAAGCUUAAGGAAAGUGCCAUAAAACUACAACUUUGGUUUAGAUCUUUAAAGAAAAUGCGAGAAGAAAGGAAUUAUUAUCGCAAAUUAAUUAUUGCUGCUAAUGUGAUUCAAAGAAAAUAUAAAGCUAAAUUAGCUAUGAAACAACAACUUGAAGCUUAUAAUAGAUUAAAAACAUCAACAAUUUUGAUUCAAAGCCGAUUUAGAGGGAAUCAAGAACGAAAAGAGUUUAAAAAGCUUAAAGGAAGUGCCAUAAAAAUACAACUUUGGUUUAGAUCUUUAAAGAAAAUGCGGGAGGAAAGGAAUUAUUAUCACAAAUUAAUUAUUUCUACUAAUAUGAUUCAAAGAAAAUAUAAAGCUAAAUUAGCUAUGAAACAACAACUUGAAGCUUAUAAUAGAUUAAAAACAGCAACCAUUUUGAUUCAAAGCCGAUUUAGAGGGAAUCAAGAAAGAAACAAGUUCAAAAAGGUUAAAGAAAGUGCCAUAAAAAUACAACUUUGUUUUAGAUCUUUAAAGAAAAUGCGGGAAGAAAGGAAUUAUUAUCGUAAAUUAAUUACUUCUGCUAAUGUGAUUCAAAGAAAAUAUAAAGCUAAAUUAUUAAUGAAACAACAACUACAAGAAUAUAAAACUUUAAGAUUAUCCACUAUUAAAAUACAACGAUGGUACAGAGCUUCUUUCCUAAUGAAAAUCGAAAGGAAUCGUUAUUUAAAACUUAAACAAGCGGUAAAUUCAAUUGAAACUCGUUAUAAGGCUAAUUUAGAAAUGAGACAACAAAAAAUUAAAUACCAACAUUUGAAAUUAACGGUAAUUUUAGUUCAAAGAAAAAUUCGGGCAAAUAAGGCAAUGUUACAAUGUAAACAUGAUUUUAAUAAUCUUAAGAAUGCCUCAAUUUGCGUACAAAAACAUUGGAGAAUGCUCCAAUUAAUGCGUUCCGUUCGACACGAUUUUAUUAAAUUAAAAAAUACGACGAUUUUUAUCCAAAAGAAAUACAGGGCAAAAAAAUUAAUGGUCCAUUCUAGAAUGGAGUAUCAAAAAUUAAAACAAACCACGAUUAUGAUUCAAAAUAAGUUUAGGGCUAAUAAAUUGAUGAAAAAACAACAAUUUUCUUUUAAACGGUUAAAAGAAGCUGCAAUUUUCAUUCAAAGAAAAUUUCGAGCUAAUUUAUUAAUGAAAAAGCAGCGAAACGAUUUUUUGGUUUUAAAACGAGCUGUUUGUAUUAUAAAAGAUCGAUAUAUGGCUAAAAAAUUAAUGGUAAAAGAAAUUCGAAGAUUGAUGAUUGUAAAAAUGGCUGUAAAAUGUAUUCAAGAUCGGCUUAGAGCUACGGUGUUGAUGAGACAAAAAGUAAAAGAAUUUGAAAUGAUGAAAGAAAGUGCUAAAGUGAUACAGAAAGCAUUUAGAGGGCGGAGGAAAAUGAAAAUAGAGAGAGAAAAGUUUUUGAGAGUGUGUCAUGCUUGCAUUGUGAUUCAAAGGGCGUAUAGAAGUUUUGUAGAAAGAAAGAAUCUUAAUGUUUUGAUAAUUUCGUUACAAGCUCGUGUAAGGGGAUUUUUAUUUAGGCAGAGAUUCCUAGACGAAUUUAGUCCUGAAAAGAUCGCUGAAAGAAGGAGGAAACUUUUGGAGGAAAAAUCUGCUAUUAAGAUACAGGCUUAUUAUCGCGGUUAUUCAAUAAGAAAACGAAAUAAGAAGUUAGCUCCAACCAGAGAAAAACUAAGAUCAGUUUCUUCUUUAUGGAAAGCACAAAACACAAUAUCAACAAGAAAAGAAAGAGCCCUUUUGGUUCUAGCUCAAGUGGAAAGUUGUACUACAUCCGAAUUAAAUCGAGCGCUUAAAGUUUUAGAUUAUGUCAGCAGAAUGUCAAAAGAAGACUGUAUAGAAUUAAGUAAAGCCAUCCCCGAUUAUCUAUACGAUAGUAUAUCAGUAACAACGCGAUCUGAACCGGAAAGAGAAACAAUAACUCUUAGCACAAGUAUUUUAAUAAAUUUUUGGAAAAUUGAAGAAUCAAGAGAGCAGUCUUGGAAUGCGGACUAUAUAGAUAUAAUAAUAACAAAAAUGACACAUUGGUGUGAUAAAGACCAUUCGUUAUUUGUUUACCUUUGUACAUUAUUAUGGCUUUUCGCUCAUAGUAACAAAUAUAAAAGAAUUAUUAAAUCAACGGCUCAUUGUCAACGAAAACUAUACAAAAUUAAAACGGCUUGUGAACGUAAGCAACGUAUGAUGUUAAGGGCCAACACUCGAGCUGUUGUUUCAUAUUUUGGCCCAUAUAAUGGAUUCCCAUUGCCAUCAUUAGAACCAGACUGGGGUAUAAAUUACGAAGCAAGACCGAAAUUUUUCAAAAAUGCAAUGCAUGCUAUAGAGAGUCUUAUUAAUAAAUUAGAUUUUUAAUUAAAACGUUUACUAUUAUGUACAUCGAUGCAAUUAUGUUUUAAGUAUCUUGUAUAUUGGUGUUUAGUGUACAGAAUAUUUUAACACUUAAAUUUCAUCAGAACUUUGCCGGCGAACAAUGUUGUUAGUGUUUAAGUAAGUUAAAAAUGUCUUUGAUGAUUGUUUAUGUAUUUUAUUUUAAUAAUUAAAGUAUAAAUUGCUAUUGUAUUUACGGUUCGUUUUGGAAGCACAUGAAUAAAUUAUUAUUUUUCUUUA